AUGUUGUUCAAGUCAGAAGAAUGUUUUUAUAAAGCUGGUGAUGUUUACUUACGUGGCGGUUAUGAAUAUCAAGUACCAUAUUACUCUGAAAAUAAGAUCAUUAUGCCAUCUUUACCAUGGUUCAAAUUCUGGAAAGAACUUGACUAUAAACUAGAAACCAAAUAUUCAAAGCAAUCAUUUGAAUGUGUUUUAGAGGAUGAAUUGAUGAAUCAAUCUGUUUUGGCAAGAUUUGGUGGUGUUAAUAAAUUUGUCUAUUUGACCCAAAUGACUAUCAAAAUUGAUAUUCAUACCGAAACUGAGAAAAUUGAUUUAGAAUCAUUAUGUAAUUUGAUGAAUUAUUUUCAAUCAUCAAUGAUGAUCACAACUUUAGAAUUUGAGAUGCCAUUUGUUUUCAGUUAUUUAUCAAGAAAAACAUUUGGUGAUAAUUAUCAAUACAUCACAUCUAUAUCAGAUUCAUUAACAAACAGCAACAAAUUGAUUGAUAAUAUUAUAAAUAUUUUGAAUGAAUCAUCUAAAACAUCAGCAGAAUAUUUAUACGAUCUUAGUAACAAUCAAAGUAGAAGAAAUUAUCAAUCAAUGAAACUUAAGAAAUCACAAGGUAAACCUGAGCAUACAUUGAAAAUAUUUAAUUGUGAAAGUUUGGAGAUGGAUGAGAAUGAUCAAUUUAAACCAUUAACUUGA